UUUUUCUUCUUCUUCUUCUUCUUCUUGUUGCAGGGUUUGUUGGUGGAGGAGGAGAAGUCAAGAUUGGGAUCAACACCGCCGAGUUGCCACAACAAAUGCAACAGCUGCCAUCCUUGCAUGGCGGUCCAAGUCCCGACCGUGCCGAGCCACGCCGGAGUUCAACCAGGUCCCUCUUCACGAAUUGGCACCACCGAGUCGUUCGACCCGUACUACAAUCCUCCUGGAAACAGGUACUCCAACUACAAGCCACUUGGGUGGAAGUGUCGCUGUGGUGAUCAUCUCUACAACCCUUAA